AAAUAUAUAUUUUUUAAGGGUGCAUUGCUCAUUUAGCAGUUGGAAACAAAACUCUUGUCUGAAAUUUAUUAAUGAUGAUUGAUUUAGAACUUCCUCUUAGACCUGAAUGUAAAAACUCUUUUAUUGUGAAACAAAAAACAUUCCAGGCAGUCAUGCUUUUUAUUGUGUCUUGGGGCGUAGCUAACCCAAGACUUCUCCUUUCUGCAAUGUCAUUUAAACGGUUAUGCUCCCCACAGACUGAACCCAAGAGGAAAAGCAGAAGUAGCGAGGAGAAGGGAAAAUUGAUUGAGGUCAAUUAGAAAUAACCUUCACCACACAACCAUGCAAACACAAGAUCUUUACAGUAUAGUAAGUUAUAUAUUAAACUGCAAUAAAAUGUGGGCUUCUAUAUUUAGUUAAACUUAUAAUAGGUUUUUAAAUGUUUCAGACAUAAUGGAUACUCAAAACGUUUUGCAUUUCUUUUUCAAGUAGCAGGUUUAGACAUGCCGCAAACCUAACAGUUUCAUUUUUCCAGAAAUGCAAAAGCAAAGUGUGGGUUUCUGAAGGAGGUCAUUUUAUUGCACUGACAACAUAAAGUGAUAAAAGACCAAAUGGAGAAGCUUGAUUCUUUAACUGUUUACAUAUAGGGGUUCGAAACCUAAUAAAAAAAAAGGAAGUCUCUUAAUUAUAUAACCAUUUCUGACAUGAAAAGGUGGAAAUACAGCUUUUAGAUAAAUGCUGUUACAUGAAAAUUUUAAGCUUUGGAUUCAUUUGCAUAAAGAUUUGCAAACUGCUCAAAUCCAGGAUUAAAUGUCUGUAAUCUUUAAAAUAAAAGUCUAAAAACUCUGUAGUGUCUUUGGCAUGUUUCUACAUAACUAGAAGCUUCGUGGGUUUGACUUAUACAUUUUUUCGGACCGGUUUUGUGACUGAAAGACCGCAUGUGCGCCUGUAGCCUUGUACAGUGAUUACAACGCCCAUCUCCACUGUUAAGCCGAAAAAGUUCAUCUUGACUGUGUGCAGAGGGAGGGUCCACUUUCUGCUAUAAAGAGCGAGAGUGGCGUGCCAUUUAAGGGAAGUGUGAACCUUGUGACAGGAAGCUUUUGAAUCACUUCAUUGGCAGAAGAUGUUGAGGAUGACUGUGUGGCUGUGUGUAGGAGUGUUUCUGUGGGGCUUUGCAUCUUGCUCCAUCAGAUGUCCUGAUGGGACCUCCUGCUCUAAUACAGAAACCUGUUGCCAAACCGCUCGUGGAUAUAGCUGCUGUCCGUAUCCAAAGGCUGUCUGCUGCAGUGACCUAGCCCACUGCUGUCCCUCAGGUUUUCACUGUGACCUUGCCACUCAGAACUGUGUGAAGCAAUACCAACCAUGGAUCACCAUGCCGAUCGUGAGGAAAGUGGCUGCAGAGGUGCCGAGCACCCCUGACCUCUCUCUGACCCCUUUUGAGGAGGUCAAACAAAGCAAUUCCCCAGAACAAUUAAAAAGUCCAGGUGUUUACUGUGACAGCUAUACCACGUGUCCUGAUGGCACGACUUGCUGCAGACACCCAAAAGGUGGCUGGUUCUGCUGCCCCUUGUCUCCUGCAAAAUGUUGCCUGGACGGCUUCCACUGUUGUCCGUACGGUUACGACUGUGACCACACUUACAGUCACUGUGUUAGAGAAGGACUGGAGGAUCUGUUCACCUACAAAAAAUCUCUGACUUCAGUCCCAGCAUAUCUUCUUUCAGUGUCUGAGAACAAAAGCACUAAGAAGGAGACAGCACUGACAGCUCUGACAGAAGCCAGUGUCAACUCCUUCAAUCAGGGAGUCAUUCGCUGUGAUGACAAAUUUUACUGCCCAGGUGGCUCAAGUUGCUGCAAGGGACCUGGAAACAAGUGGAACUGCUGUCCUUACCCACUGGGUGUGUGCUGUGCGGAUGGUAAGCACUGCUGUGAGUAUGGAUACCAGUGUAACCCCUCUUCCUCCAAAUGCACAAGUUAGACCACCUGAAGACGACUCGGACACACCAAAAGCACUGAAAUUGCGUUAUUUGAUUGUACUUGGAGAGUUUUACUCUGGGUUUUGCUCAACGUUUCCAAUGAAGUCAUUCAAUGCUUUAUUACCUCAUGUUAUCUCCAGCCAGAUAACAGUUUUCUGAGAUUAUUGUGAUUAAUAAAAAGGGUCUAUCUGUUCUCAGGCUUGUUCAGGCCAAGGCUUGUUGAUUGACUUUUUUUUUUGAGAUGCAAAAAAUGACAGCUUACUCCAGCUUCUUAUUUCUAUUAACUGUUUCUAAGUUUUCUCCUAUUGAUUAUGACCUGCUUUGCAAAUUAAAAUGAGGAACAAAUAUUUUAUGACAUUUCAAAUGUUGACAUUUAG